ACGCGUGAGCCGAAAAGGGGCCUGAGCGAAACGGCAACAGCGGACAAGCGUCGGUUUUCCUGCCGUCGCCGAAACUGGACUGACCGGACUUUGUAUGACGGUGUAUUUAAGAUGUUUGUAUUGAUGGGGAAAGACGGCAAUUUCCCUACUAGAGCUUCAGUUUACGUGUAGACUCCGCCAGUCUAAUGGCGUCCCUGGCAGGGAGCGAAGCAGGCGAGACCGGCUCUGGUGAGGGGGCAGUCGCCGGUUUGCCUGGGGCCGGGCCUCCGCUGCGAUCCCACGGCCCGGGUACGCUCAUGGUGGAGUCGGUGGACGAUGCGGAGGGGCUGUACGUGGCAGUGGAGCGUUGUCCCCUGUGCAACACGGCCCGCCGCAGACUCACUUGCGCCCGCUGCAUCCAGGCUGGCGACUUCGUUUAUUUCGACGGCAGGAACCCGGAGCGAUAUAUUCAGAAAGUAGACCGACUCAAGAAGUUAAGAGAGGAAAAGGAGGAGUUGCAGCAAAGAGUAAUCAAAUCCAUGGAAAAGAAGGUUCAGGCUGAUCAGCUGAAGUGGAAGAUCAUGUCAUGCAAGAUGAAAAUUGAGCAGCUGAAAGAAGCCGUCUGCUGCGGUAAUGAGGAAGUGAAAAGCGGCCAGGACCUGCUUCUGCGGACUCAUGAGGAGAGCCAGCGGCUGCAGCGGCGGGCCAGCCGGCACCAGGAGAAGAAAGACAAAAUCGAGAGGCACAACCGGCGCCUGGGAGAGAUGCUGGAGAAGAGGGGACGUGAGCUGCAGGGCCGGCUGGAGCAGCUGGCGGAGAUCCGCAGGGGACACAUCCUGGAGCUGACCACCCUCAUCUUCCCCACCCAGGAGGAGAAGCAGGGCACCAGAGACCCUGCCGAUGUGGCGGCAGAAUGCGACCCCGCAUUGACCUCCAGCACAGUCAGUGAACUGGCAGAGGCUCGCCGGACCACCUACCUGUCAGGUCGAUGGAUUUGGGAUGAUCAGAACGGAGAGACCAGCAUCAGCAUCACAAGCCCACGGGUCACAUUGCCCAGCAAUGGGGACUGCUCUGCCUACUACAGCUGGGUAGAGGAGAAGAGAACCAAUCAGGGUCCUGAGCUGGAUCACAUCAAUCCGGCACACACCAUAAGCGCUGCCCUGUGUUACGCCACCCAGCUCGUCAACAUUCUGUCCCACAUCCUGAAUGUCAACCUUCCCAAGAAGCUUUGUAACAGCGAGUUCUGCGGCGAGAGCCUGACUCGCUACAGGUUCACCCGAGCCCUCAACAAGCUGAACACCAACAUCCUGCACCUCUGCUUCUCUCAGCACGUCGAAAGUGAGCUGCUGCAUCCUCACCACACCUUGCGGAACAUCAUGUUUCUGGUGUCCCCUAACAACAAGAACCUGGGCAGAACGGGACCCUUCGAGGUCAGUGCCGACCUGGAGGACUCCAUGGAGUUUGUGGAACCAGAGGCAGCCAGUCAGGCAGAGGAUAGCGGCAAUGAGGCAGUGACUGAUGAAGAGACUGACCUGGGUACGGACUGGGAGACGGUUCCCAGCCCACGCUUCUGCGACAUCCCCUCGCAGCCCAUGGACCUAUCGCAGAGCACCGCCAUGCAGGCCUCACAGCCCAUGGGCAAUGCCGGGGGCAUGAUCUCCUCAGCAGCUGCCUCCGUCACUUCCUGGUUCCGGGCGUACACAGGCCAGCGUUGAGGCUCAUCACAAACGAGUUCCCCUCCUAGCCACCUUUGUGACCCCAGUGGGCCUUUUGAUGAGACUGCAUGUGUAUAUGUUUGAGGUGGGAGGGUGUGACUUUGUGGAUCCCCCUUUUAUAAGAUUAUCUGAAUACAGUUAUGCACUGAA